AUGGAUGUUCGGCGGAGGAUGAAUCGACGGGAUGUGGUCAGGUGCAGCCGCAGGUGUUCACCACGGUCGAGAGAGGAAGGCACAAAAGCCAGGCAGGCUGGAAACUUGACUCUGUGGUAUGGACCUGCCUCUACCUCUACUACAGCAAACUUGCCGAGACCUGCAACGGGAACCCGUGGAUGGAACCUGCCCGGGAUGGAGCGAAAGUUGGCAGGGCCCCAGUUCGCCAAAGGGGACUAUGACGUGAUGGCCCGGACCUGGGGCGGCGAAGAGAGGCUGCGAGCGCGCGGGCACGGAGCUACGGCAAGGGGUGUUAUCCCCUUUGGGCUUAGGUCAGCACAGCAAUGA